AUGGCGGCGACCUGGACCGUACGAUCUCUUUGUUUAUUGUUUAUCUUCUGUCUGGCUGUGGAAGGGACGCGGGGCCGGGAGAGGGUCUAUUAUGUGGCUGCUGUCGAGGACUUGUGGGAUUACGCGCCAAGUGGAAAAAACCUAUUGAACGACGUGGACGUCGCAGAUGAUGAGCAUGCGUCAAUAUUUCUGGAGAGAGGACCCCAUCGUAUUGGCAGUGUUUAUAAGAAAGCCAUGUUUCGACAGUACACUGAUGCCACAUACAGUCAGCAAACCCCAAGGCCCACCUGGUUAGGCUUCCUAGGACCUGUACUGCGGGCGGAGGUUGACGACAUCAUUGUGGUCCACCUGAAAAACAUGGCAACCAGGAACUACUCAAUCCAUCCCCAUGGAGUUUUCUAUGAGAAGAACAUGGAAGGGGCACUUUAUCCAGAUGGGACCUCUGGUAACCUUAAGCAGGAUGACUCAGUACCACCAGGGGGAAGCUACACUUAUCGCUGGGAGGUCAGGCCUGAAUUUGCGCCGACUGAUGAUGACGCCAACUGCUUGACAUGGGUGUACCACUCUCACUUAGAUGCCCCCCGGGAUAUCGCCUCUGGACUUAUAGGGGCCCUGCUUACAUGUAAGAAAGGAAUCCUAAAGGAGCAUAGUGAAGAGGGGAGCGCUCGCAAUGACGUGAAUCAAGAUGUCUUCCUGAUGUUUAGCAUAGUGGAUGAGAAUUUGAGUUGGUACCUUGAAGACAACAUUCAGAGAUGUACGGAUGCAUCUGGGGUUGACCUGGAAGAUGAAGAUUUUGUGGAAUCAAACUUGAUGCAUGCCAUUAAUGGGUACAUGUUUGGUAACCUGCCCGGAAUUGAGCUAUGCCAGCACCGUGCUGUGUCUUGGCAUUUGUUUGGCAUGGGUAACGAGGUGGAUAUUCACUCUGCCUUUUUCCAUGGAAACACCUUACUGGACCGCGGCCACCGAACUGACGUGCUCAGCCUUUUCCCAGCUACUUUUGCUACAGCUGAGAUGGUGCCCACAGCGAACGGCAAGUGGCUGCUGACUUGCCAAGUUAAUGACCACCUGCAUGCCGGGAUGCAGGCAUUUUAUCAAGUGAAUUCCUGUGGCAAUGAGGCCAGCGCCAAACUGAUGAGUGGCAUUGUCAGGAAUUACUAUGUGGCAGCAGAGAAAAUACAGUGGAACUACGCUCCUUUGGAAAAAGACCUGAUCAAAAAUGUAUCCCUGACUGACGCAGGCAGUCCAUCAGAGGCAUUUUUUGGUAAAGAUGGCGGUCGGAUCGGCGGUACCUAUAUCAAAGUGAUAUACAAAGAAUACACAGAUAAUACUUUCCAGACUGAAAAAUUAAAGAAGCCUGAAGAUCUCCACUUGGGAAUCUUAGGUCCCAUCUUGAGGGCAGAGGAAGGAGAUACGCUCAAAGUGACAUUUUUCAAUCGAGCUGAUAGAAACUACAGCAUCCAUCCACAUGGCUUGCACUAUGAAAAACGCUUCCAAGGAAGCAACUAUGUCGACGGUGUUGAUAAACGUGGAGCCCACGUUGCUCCAGGGGAGAGAUUCACUUACACCUGGGAGGUCCUGGAAGGUCCAUCUUCAUCUGACUCUCCCUGCAUCCCCUAUUUGUACUACUCUGCAACAGCGCCUGUUGAGGACACAAACUCGGGAUUAGUAGGACCUCUGCUUGUGUGCAGAAAAGGAACAUUGGAACAAGACGGAACUCAGAAGGGUCUGGACAAGGAGUUCUUUCUUAUGUUUUCUGUCAUGGAUGAAAACCUCAGCUGGUAUUUGGAUGAGAACAUGCACAAAUUUGGCAGCAGUGAGACAAACGUAGAUGAUGAAGACUUCCAGGAAAGCAACAAGAUGCACGCUGUAAAUGGGCUCAUGUACGGGAACCUUCGUGGACUAGACAUGUGCGCCGGAGACAAAGUCACGUGGUACACCUUCGGUCUCGGCACCGAGGUGGACAUCCACGGUGUUUAUUUUGAAGGGAACACCUUCAAAAAGCAAGGCACCACACGGGACACUCUGAACCUCUUCCCUCACAGCACUGCAACUGUGGAGAUGCAACCAAACACUCCAGACACUUAUGAAGUGAGCUGCAGAGUAACAGACCACUACUCAGCCGGCAUGAAGCAGCAGUAUAGGGUGACCUCCUGCCCGGGCCACCAAAUGAACAGUUCACAUCCAGCUCCUAUCAAAACUGUGAAAUAUUUUAUUGCUGCUGAAGAAAUAGAGUGGGACUACUCACCCAGCAGGGAGUGGGAGCUGGAAAAACACCACAGCACAUCAGAGGACAGUCCAGGCAAUAUAUUUGUAGAAAAAGGGAAGAACAGAAUUGGUUCACGCUACCAAAAAGUUGUGUAUAAGGAAUACACGGAUGGAAGCUUCACAGUGGAGAAGAAAAGGAAUUCCAAUCAAGAACACCUGGGAAUUUUGGGUCCACUCAUCAAAUCCGAAGUGGGAGAACAGAUUGUAGUCACGUUCAAGAACAAAGCCAGGCAUCCUUUUAGCAUUACUGCACAUGGGGUAAAGACCUCUGGUCCUUCCCUUGCUGUUGACCCAGGAUACAUGACGGAGGAGGUUUGGAAUGUACCUGAAAGCUCCGGACCAGGGGACUCAGAUCCUAACUGCAUUUCCUACGCCUACUACUCUGACACCAACUUCAUCAAGGACAUGUACAGUGGUCUUCUGGGCCCGUUGGUGAUUUGCAAGCCUGGGACGCUAAAGGGUGAAGGGACCGACCGGCGCAGGCUCGACAUAGAGAAGGAGUUUGCCCUGUUUUUCAUGGUGCAUGACGAAAACCAGUCCCACUACUUGAAAGAGAACAUCAAAAAAUACCUCGGGGAAGACCCUGACACCUUCAUUCAGGAUGAAGACUUUGAGGAGAGCAACAAGAUGCACGGGAUUAAUGGAAAACUAUAUGGAAACCUCCAUGGAUUGGUGAUGACCCAGGGACAAAAGAUUAACUGGUAUUUACUCGGCAUGGGCAACGAAGUGGACAUGCACACUGUACACUUCCAUGCAGAGACUUUUACUUACAAGACUGACCGUGUACACCGGGCAGACGUGUUUGACCUGUUCCCCGGAACUUUUCAAACGGUGGAGAUGGUAGCUGGAAAUCCAGGCACGUGGCUGCUCCACUGUCACGUAACUGACCAUAUCCAUGCAGGCAUGGAAACGACCUUUACCAUCAACGGUAAGUUAGCAACACGCAUUUGUUGUUGA